AUGAAACCUACUCAAGCAUCAAAGACGAUGAGCAGCACCGCGGCUUUGCUGCUGUACAUGCUUGUUCCAUGCGCUGCCCAUGCCAACUCGGGACUUCCACCUUGUGACGCCCUCUUGGUCACCGAUCUAGCCCCAAUAGUUCACCUCCCAGACUCGCCUCUCUACCCGGCUCUUUCCCCCUCGACCCGGAAGCAAUCGUGGUGCUACGUGGUGCCCACCAGCGCUGAAGAAGUAUCUGGCAUAGUCACCACAUUGCGCGAUGCCGGAUCCGGGGCCGGAGACUGGCACGUCGCCAUCCGCAGCGGCGGCCACGGCGGCGAUCUGCAGAACAAUCUCGACCAGGGCGUCACUAUCGACCUGUCGCGUCUCAACGAGACAGUGUAUGAUGCGGCCAAGGGCACCGCCAGCGUGGGCACCGGUGGGCGCUGGCUCUCGGUCUACGACACACUCAGUGAGCAUGGCGUGUCCGUCACAGGCGGACGCGAGGGUAUCGUCGGCGUCGGCGGCCUGGUCCUGGGAGGUGGCAUCUCGUGGUACACACAGCGCGAGGGAUUCGCGUGCGACAAUGCCAUCAACUUCGAGGUCGUCCUUGCCAAUGGGGAAAUUGUUGAUGCGAACAAGGACUGCAACGCAGACCUGUGGAAGGCCUUGAAGGGCGGCAGCAGCAAUUUUGGCAUUGUCACGCGGUUCGAUUUGGCCGCUUACGAUAUCAGCAACAUUUCUGUCGUGAAUCGCGUCGUCAACUUCACCGACAUUGACGCAGUCGUGGACGCAGUUGUCAACUUUACCAACCUUGACCGCUCUCACAGCGACAACGCCCUGAUCAUCAUCGUCCAGUACGAUCCCGCAACGCAGGACAGCACCGUCAUCAUCAGGCAAGUCAACACCAUGAACAAGGCCGACUCGGACGCGUAUGACGCCUUCAACGCCAUCCCUCCCGUAGCCGGUGCGUCUACCACUCCUCAGUCGCUCAGCCUGCCUGAGUUUGCCAAUACUUCCCAAAUUGCUGGCCCUCCAUACUCUGCGGGCGCCGGCUCUCUCACCCUUCUCAAUGACGUGCGUAUCCUGCGCUUCUGCAUGGAACAAUAUAAACAGCUUGUGUCCGACCUGACCGCCCUCCUGGGGGCUACCAAUUUCCGCACCAUCCUCGACCUGCAGCCCUUGCCCGCAUACGUCGCCGACAUUGGCGCCGAGAAGGGCGGCAACAUGCUCAACAUCGGCCGCCAGCCCGGGAACAAGAUUGUCUUUGUCUGCGGCGUGUUGCCCACCGGCACCGGCCAAGGCGACGACAACGCGGAUACACUGGCGAUCAAGAUUGCCAGGGCGUAUCAGCUGAAUGCCGCGAUGAACGCGCGGAUCGAGGAUUAUGCUGCUUCCAUCGAGGCAGGGGUCGAUCUGAGGUACUUGCCCUACGCGGAUGCGAGACAGGACGCGCUGGGCAGUUAUGGGCAGGAGAGCGUGCUGCAUAUGAAGUCUGUUGCGGCCAAGUAUGACCCGAAUGGCUUCUUCCAGAAGAUGGUCAAUGGCGGGUUCAAGAUCAGUCGGGUAGGCCCUCUUGAGCUGUAG